UCAUCUCCCAAAACUCUUUCCCCACAGGAGGACCUGAUCAUCUUCCCCAGCAGAGACUUGCAGAAAGAUUAUCCAUUGAUGAAUGUUGUUGAAAGUGCUGCUGUAAUGCACUGCCUCCUUCCGUAGGUCCACACUUUUCUGGUGAGCUUGCUCGGAGUCAUAAUUGCUCCGGCUCCAGUCACCGGGUGGGAGGAAGAAUGUAGAUGUCGGAGGACCAGGAAGCCCAGGAGGAUGAGUUGCUUGCUCUAGCGAGUAUUUACGAUGAAGAGGAGUUUCGCAGAGCCGAAUCGGCACAGGGCGGUGAGAUACAACUAUGCCUUGAACUUCCUCCUAGUUUCAAGUUGAUAGUCAAUGGAGACAAGCAGAACGAAUAUGACAUAUCUUUCCUACCUCCUCUGGUGCUUAACUUUGUACUUCCUGCUGACUACCCUUCUUCCUCAUCUCCGGUCUAUACACUAAGUUCCAAAUGGCUGUCAAGGGACCAGAUGACUUCUCUCUGCAAGCGACUGGAUGGGCUGUGGGAGGAGAACCAGGGCUGUGUUGUCCUCUUCACGUGGAUCCAGUUCCUUAAGGAGGAGGCGUUUGCCUUCCUCGACGUUAAGUCUCCCCUGGAGGUGGUCAAAGGGGGCGAGGCUCCGGUGGAGUGGAAGAGGAGUGAGGCUGGCGUGAAGCGGGCGGGGAGUCUAACCGGGGAGAAGGACAAACUGGAGCCCCUGCUGGAGCUGGACCCCCGUGCUGUCCUGGUGGUGGACCCCCGUACUGAUAUCCUACCUCAGCUCCUGGACUUUGAUGAAGCUCAGCGGCAGAAGGUGUUUGACGCCAAGGCGUUCUGCUGUGGCAUCUGCUUCAUGGAGAAACUGGGCUCGGGCUGCCUGUGCUUGAAGGAAUGCCAGCACGUGUACUGCAAGACCUGCAUGACGGAGUACUUCCAGAUUCAGAUCCGCGACGGCAACGUUCAGUGCCUUACCUGCCCCGAGCCCAAGUGCACCUCCUUGGCUACGCCCUCACAGGUCAAGCUCCUUGUCGGGGAGGAGUUGUUUGCUCGUUAUGACCGCCUUCUGCUUCAGUCCAGCCUGGAUCUGAUGGCUGACGUGGUGUACUGCCCUCGCCAAUCCUGCUGCCAGGCUGUGAUGGUGGAGCCAGACACCACCAUGGGCAUUUGCCCUGUCUGCCAGUACGCCUUCUGCACCCUCUGCAAAAGGGGAUACCACGGCCUGUCCCACUGCAAGGUCACAGCAGAUGAGCUGCGAGGCCUGCGGGAUGAGUAUAUAUCUGCCAGCGCCGAGGGGAAGAAGUUCAUGGAGCAGCGCUUUGGGAGGCAGGUCAUCCAGCGUGCUGUGGAGGAAUCCUUCAGCAGGGACUGGCUUAAUGAGAACUGUAAAGGCUGCCCGCGCUGUGGCACUAACAUACAGAAGGUUGAUGGCUGCAACAAGAUGACUUGCACCUCGUGUAAGCAGUACUUCUGCUGGCUGUGUCUGGGCCAGCUCACACGGGUCAACCCCUACAGACACUUCAACAACCCCUCCUCGCCUUGCUACAACCAGCUGUUCCAGGGUGUGGAUAUUGAUGAAGAUGAUGCCUUUUGGAGUGACGAAGAGGACUGACGUGCAAUACCUCCAUGCGUGAUUCAUUUGUAUGCACUUUAUCUCACCCUCACAACACCAACCGCCCAUGGAUUUAGCCAAUACUAAUUCUCACCAUCAUUGAGCAGGCAUUUACUAACCCAAAAUAUAUCAGUCAUUUCUGAUGGUUGAAUGACUAGCAGAGGUCAAUUCCAGGUAGAAAUAGGUACAUUACCUUACCCCAAACGUCAGUCAAAUACUCAGGGCCAGUAUUUUUCUGAAAGAAUGCUCGUGAAGUGAGUAUGAGCGAGUGUACCAAAAACUGAUGGGUUACAGUUCUAAUGCUGUUUUUGUUUAGAUGAUUUGAACAGAUGUUGUUGGUAUGUUUUAUCAAUCUCAAUAUAAAAAGGAAAUUCAGGGAUCCGGGGGUGAAGUCUUACAAUCAAGAACAGAGGACAACAUUUUGGGGUAAUGUUUAUACAAUUUCAUUUGUGUCCUGUAGAACCACUUUAAUCAUGAUGAGUUAACUGUCUGUACACCAGGAUACCAUCCAAACCAUGAGUUCACAGCUUGAUUGAAGGUUGAAAAAAGGUUGAAUAAAGCUUUGCCAAAUGUGACAUUCA